GGAACAAACAAUCUCAGAAACUCGAUUAUGUCUGCACACAAAGUGUUUGUAAUAGUGUUGGCAAUCAUUAUUGGAAAUGCCGUAGCUGACGAGAAAAUAGUCGGAGGAAACGAAACUACGAUAGAAGAGUACCCAUACGCAGUGUCGGUACGAGACACCUUCUACGCAGGGAAGUACGAGAAGCACAUCUGCGGCGGCUCGGUAGUCUCAGAGUCCUGGGUUCUGACCUCGGCGCACUGCGUGGUCGGUUUCAGAGAAAACUGGACUAAUCUGGCGGUGAGAGUGGGGAAGCCCAACAACAACCAAGGGAAAAUACACUCCUUAUCUGAUGUAGUCAUCCAUCCGAGGUAUUACUACAACCGAGUGCCAAUGUACAAUAUUGGUUUACUUAAGGUUGCGAUUCCAUUCCUGUACAGCAUCAGAAUCCAACCUGUGAUGUUGGCACCGCCGGGCUACGUCAUCCCCUCUGGUGCUUGUGCCACUCUUGUCGGCUGGGGAGCUGAUCAGGAAGGCGGCAGCGACUUCGUCUUCAUCCGCCAAGUGUCCGUGCCCGUCGUGAGCCGCGAGGAAUGUGCCGAGGACUUCGACGACUACGAGGACUUCGACGGAGGGGAGGUGAUCACGGACUUCGAGUUCUGCGCCGGGCCCAAGGAGGGGGGGAGAGGCUUCUGCGAGAACGACGCCGGAGGACCGCUGGUGUACGACCACACCCAGGUGGGCGUCGUGUCCUGGAGCGAGGGCGGAGGAUGCGCGGAGAAGGACCUCCCUGGAGUCUACUCCAACGUCAGCUACUUCAGCGCCUGGAUCUCUGGAGUGACGGGUAUCACGCUGGAUGGCGCAUCGUCCACAUCGCCAUCCGUGAGCUCAUAAAGCCUAGGAGCUCUGCCGUCCGCCUAGGAG